AUCUCUCUAUGCUGCUACUUCCUGCUUGGACUUCGGUAGAGCAACUCUGGUGCUGCUGUUACAGGACGAGAGCAAUGGCUGGAGGGCCUAUAGACUUCUGGAAUGCGUGGGCGGUCCAGAGCCUGGUGCUGACGAGCCUGACUCUGCAGGUUGCCCUCGUCCUGUUAGCGGGGAUCCGGCGGCGUGGCACAUCCUGGCGUACGUUCAGGUUCAUGCUCUGGCUGGCGUACCAGCUCGCCGACGCCACCGCGAUAUAUGCUCUCGGCCACCUCUCAUUCGACGGUGCCACACCCCGCGAGCAUCGCCUGGUUGCGUUCUGGGCGCCGUUUCUCUUGCUGCACCUUGGCGGCCCGGACAACAUCACCGCCUACUCGCUCGAAGACAACAUGUUGUGGCUGCGACACCUACUUAAUCUCGGUUUGCAGGUGCUGGGAGCUUCCUACGUCCUCUACAAGCAUUACAUCGGCACUCAAGACAUGCUCCUUCUCGCCGCCAUCUUGAUGUUCGUCGUCGGUGUUGUCAAAUAUGGCGAGAGGACAUGGGCGCUCAGGUGCGGCAACAUGGACAUCAUCCGGGGCUCCCUCAAGAAGAAACCACCUUCCAGAUGUGACCUUCUUUACCUUGAGUAUGAGCUCCCACAAGGUGGAUGCAAGGGUAGUGUCGAUGAAGAAGAAUUCCUCAUGCGGCAUGCUCAUUCCCUGUUUCAGUUCUGCAAGCGCGCAAUAGUUGAAUCGUCAGAGGACAGGGACCCGGCCAACCCUGAAAUCAAAGUUCUUCACCACCUCACACAUGAACAGUGGUAUGUGGUGAUGGAGUUGGAGCUGUCACUGCUCUACGACAUCCUGUACACAAAGGCAGGCGUGGUGCACACCUCAUUUGGUUACUGUGUCUGUAUUGCCUCACCAGCCGCUGCUGCAGCAGCGCUGUUGUUCUUCCAGUUCAGUGGCAAAGAUGGUAACAGCAGAGUAGAUGUUGCUAUCACCUACAUCUUACUGGGUGGUGCGUUACUCCUGGAGAUAAGAUCCCUGCUGAGUGCACUUGGGUCUAGUUGGACACUCCCCUUCCUGUGUGCCACAAGAUGGAAUUUCCUGAAACAUGCAUUUCUCUGCAGGGGGAGAUGGGAUCGGCUUCGCCGUUGGAUAGUAUCUCUUCACCGGCUCAUAAAGGUCAUGAGAGUUAGUGGGUGCUUGAGGCCGGCAAGGAGGUGGUCAGGUACUGUGGGGCAAUAUAACAUGUUGCAUUUGUGCAGCCGUCCCAGCAAAAGGAACAGUCCUCUGCCCGGUAGAUUUGCCAUGAUGCUGGGAUUCGAGGAGUGGUGGAACAGGGAGCAUCACUCACAGACCGCCAGGAUUUCAGAGUACCUGAAGGAGAAAUUGAGGCACUACAUUCAUAAAUUAGUCAGGAAUGGCGAAGUGAGCACCCAAGGCAUUGUCAGGAAAAAAUGGGGUGAGUAUGCAAUCCAGUCGAAAUGUAGGAAGCUGUACAAAAAGCUCACAGGCAACCUGCUAGGCGUUGAGUUCCAAGAGGGCAUCAUUAUCUGGCACAUCGCCACCGACCUCUACCUCCUCGACCACAAGCACACUGGGAUGGAAACCAUGGCAAUGUAUGAGUCGGUGAGGGUGUUGUCCAACUACAUGAUGUUCCUCCUGGUGGAACGUCCCUACAUGUUACCAGGCCUUGCCCAGAGCAGAUUGUACCGGCGGACCUGUGAGAAUCUAGUCAAAAUAUGGGGCCAAGAAGGCCAAACGCACCCAGCCCCCAGCUGGCGCGACAUGUUCCGCCUUCGUGAUGGGCCCAAUUCCCGCUCUAGUCUCCAACGGAGAAAGAAGCUCGCCGACAUGGUACAAGAAAAGAAACCAAAAGCCGGCCCUGAAACCCCCCGUCUCAGUUACGCAAUCGACGUAGCCAAAGAACUGGCCAGUAACGACGAGAACGUAGACCGUGAGUCCAACUCAUUGCAGGUGCUCCUCUUCGUGUGGAUGGAUUUCCUGGUCCACGCGGCAAACAGGUGUAGCAGGGAGUCCCAUGCCAAGAAGCUUAGCAGUGGAGGUGAGUUCACAACCGUCCUCUGGCUUCUCAUCGAGCACCUCCACCAACUAGUCGAGCCUAAACCACCGGAGGACGGCGAUGAAAGGAAGGGCACCCAGCGCGCACCCGUGUAACAAAUAGUUGUAAGAAUGUAAUGUGUCCCUGGACAAAAAAAGGGUUUCCUCUUAAUCAAAUAGCUCACAGGCUAUAUAUUAUGUACUGUAUAGGAGUUAGGACGUCUUGCACACGGCGACCCCUGAUGCGUGCUAUCUCGCCAUUCAUUUUAACUGUUGGGA